AGCCUAUCUCGAGGUUGACCCUCCCAGAGACAGCAUAUCACAGACAUUUUGCCAAUAUGAAGCGCAGCUACGAGAAUGCUUUGAAACUCCUUGAGAGUCGCCGACGAAAAGCUCGUCCAAGAACGCCCGCGUUGGCCUCAAUAAACCAAGAUGCAGUGACCCCAACUGACAACCAAGCAUUGCGGGGCGUGCCUAGCUUGGUCGGGAUGGAGGACUGGCUGCGAAAAUUAGGAUACUCGGAAAACGAUGUGAACGGCCUCAACAUUGUUCAUAUCGCCGGAACUAAAGGGAAAGGAAGUACUUGUGCCUUCACGCGUUCGUUCCUUCGUGCGCAUGGGUCACGUACAGGUUACCCUAAUAAGGUUGGACUCUAUACCUCGCCUGAUUUGCAGUGUAUACGCGAAAGGAUUCAGAUCAAUGAUGAGCCGAUACCGGAGGAGCUCUUCACUCGAUACUUCUUCGAAGUAUGGGAGAGGCUGGAGGCGCCCAACCUGGAGCCUAGUGUUCUUCCCAUGAGACAGCCACGCUAUCUGCAGCUCCUGGCGCUUCUAGCCUUUCACACGUUCAUUCGCGAGAAUGUCGAUGCCGCCAUUUUUGAAACACACCACGGUGGCGAAUAUGAUGCCACAAAUGUCAUCCGGAGGCCGAUAGUGACAGCUAUCACUGCUCUCGGUAUGGAUCAUGUUGCACAGCUUGGGCCCACAAUUGAGAAUGUUGCUUGGCAUAAGUCCGGGAUCUUCAAGCCCGGCGCCCCUGCUUUCUCCGUCUUCCAAGAGGAAAGUCCCGCUGAGGUGUUGCGUUUUCGUGCCGCUGAAAGGCAGACCACUUUGAGAUUUGUUCCUAUGAAUGAAUCGCUUCCGGCCAACAACAAAACUCUCAGUGUCCCUGUGCAGCGCCUCAAUUGUUCUCUGGCCCUCGAGCUAGCUAGGGCCUGGCUACAAGCCAAGGCGCCCCAACAUACGCUGGACGAGUCGGACAUUGCUGAGGGUGUGAGCAAUUUCAAGUGGGCUGGUAGGUUCGAGAGCAUCGAGGACGGAGCAUCUGGAUGGUUUGUAGAUGGGGCUCAUAACACGUUGAGUCUUGAACAAGCGGCUAGGUGGUUUGUCGCAAACACCAACACACCGUUAACGAAUCAGUGUCGCAUUCUGAUUUUUAGCCACUUUUCGGAAGAGCGUGACGGACUCGCCCUUGUCGAGGCCCUAGCUAAUUCCCUGGCGGAACUGCAGGCAAUGCCGGAAUAUGUCAUAUUUACCACAUACGAAGAAAGGGAGGAUGGCACCACCAGAAUAGAUAAAACUCUCAAACCCCCGGAGACGCCUUUCCCGGAUUUGUGCACCAUAUAUACUUCGCUGUGGAGACAACGUGAUAGCAGGGCCUCUGUCUCAAGCGAAGCUACUAUUGAGGGCGCUAUCAAACUUGCAAAACGAAUUAGUGCCGAGCGAGGUGGUGCUCAAAUCCUCGUCACUGGCAGUCUUCAUCUGGCUGGCGGUGCUCUCAGCAUCUUGCGGCCACAAGAACAUGGCACUACCUAAAAAAUAAAAGCGGCUCCUGUGUCCGCAGCUGCGGCCUCUUGAAUUGAAGCCACCUAUAGAUAGCGAAGAUACGUGAGACCUCAAAUGGGCUCUUUUUCC